UCUCUCUCUCUCUCAAAAUUGUCACCCGUUGCUUUUCUCUUUCUUUUCUUUGAAUUCAUGCAGUGACCAAAGGUGGCUAUGGAUUUUUAUCAAGUCUUUCUUUGAUUCAUAGUCCUGAGUUAUUUAUUCUGGUUUUAGGGUAGGUUAAAAGCUGACACAAAUAUCAACUUUUACAACAUCAAAGAGUUGCUUUUAUCUUUGAUUUGAUUUUUCAGCUACGUAUAUCUUGGAGAUGAUGCACAUGGACCUGUGAGAGUGAUGGAGGGGAUAGAUCCCAAUUCAUGUGUAAAUAGGACAGUUAUGGAGAAGAAAACAAGGCCACAAGAGCAAAUUAACUGUCCAAGGUGCAAUUCAACCAACACCAAGUUCUGCUACUACAACAACUACAGCCUCACACAACCUAGAUACUUCUGCAAGACAUGUAGAAGGUACUGGACAGAAGGUGGGUCUCUCAGAAAUGUCCCAGUAGGAGGUGGUUCCAGAAAGAACAAGAAGGUUCUCACCUCAUCUGCGGCGGCAGCGGCAGCAGCAGCAGCUUCAUCAAAGGCUAUUCCAGACCUAAACCCACAACCAACAACCCUCUCAUCAUCAGUUUCUAAUUCCCAAAACCCUAAAAUGCAUGGAGGCCAAGAUCUUAACCUUGCUUUCCCACCUAUGGAAAACUAUCAUCAUCAUCAUGGUAUGGUUCCAUAUGUUGAGAUGCACAAUGGUGGUGAUCACUCUUCUUCUUCUGCUCCAACUAAUUCUCUUUCAGCUUUGGAGCUACUAAGGUAUAGCAUGGCAUCAAGGGGCAUGAACCCUUAUGCUCCUAAUAACUCUUUAAUGCCAAACACAAAUUCCCUAUACCCUUCUGGAUUUCCCAUGCAAGAAGUUAAGCCAAGCCUAGGCUUUUCAGUUGAUGGGAUUGGGAACAGGUCAUAUGAACAUCAGGUCCAAGAGAGUGGUGGUGGUGGCAGGCUUUUGUUCCCUUUUGGAGAUCAUGUGAAGCAGCUUUCUGCUGAACAAGUGGAACAGAAUAAAGAACAAGGGAAUUCAACUGGAUAUUGGACUGGAAUGAUGGGUGAAGGCUCAUGGUAAGAAGAGAAGAAAAAAGGAGAAGGAAAGUGAGAAAAUGGAUUCAUCUUCUUUAUAUUUUUUUUUUCUUUUUUACAUGGAUCAUUUAUCUCAAGUUGUUCAGUACUAACAAUAGGAUACACAUUGUAAGGCCCAAGUUUUAAAGCUUUGGAUAAGUGAAUAAAAUAAAAGAGUUAUUUGAUUAAGAUAAA